AACAGAGAAACCACUCUCAUUCGUUACGAUUUACGAAUCGAAAAAAACCCUCUCAAUAGUAUAAUCAGAGACCAUCCAUGGCGGUGACGGCACCACCAUUAUCUUCUGCUGCUUAUUUUCGAGGACUAAAUCGCCCCCAUUUCCACACCUCCAAGUCCCGCUUUGGCCUCCAGUCACCCGCCAAACAGCUGGCCCUUACAAUCGUUGCCAUGGCUCCCAAAAAGAAGGUAAACAAGUUUGAUGAGAGCUGGAAGAAACAAUGGUACGGUGCAGGGAUCUUUUUCGAAGGCAGUGAAGAAAUCGAAUUUGACGUCUUCAAAAAGCUCGAGAAACGUAAAGUCCUUAGCAACGUAGAAAAAGCAGGACUCUUAUCUAAAGCCGAGGAGUUGGGGUUCACUUUAUCGUCAAUAGAGAAAUUGGGUGUGUUUUCUAAGGCUGAAGAGCUGGGCUUGUUGAGUCUGUUGGAGAAAACGGCAAGCUUUUCGCCGUCUACGUUGGCCUCGGCUGCGCUGCCCAUAAUGGUGGCAGCAGUGGUGGCGAUUGUCGUUAUACCUGAUGACUCGGCAGGGCUGGUGGCCGUACAAGCUGUGUUGGCAGGGGCACUUGGGGUUGGUGCUGCCGGCUUGCUGGUUGGGUCUGUUGUUCUUGAUAGUUUACAAGAAGCUGAUUGAGUUUUAGGUUUUUUUUUUUUUUUAAUAUUCCCCCUUUUCUCAUCUCUGUUUUCCGUUUUUUAUUACAUCUAUGUUUUUCCUACAUGUAUAUUUAUGCUUAUUAAAAGUGAUUGGAUGUGGAUUAA